AGGUAUCGAAGAUGAGAAACCAGGCUCUCAUUUUGCUUUGCAUUGUAGUUUUUGGUGUUAUUGGGACCUGCCAUGGAGGUAGCCUUAGGAAGAAAUACUACAAGAAAACAUGUCCUAAUGCAGAAGAGAUAAUCAAGAAAGCUACUGAGAAACAUGUUGCCAAUGAUUCCACAUUGCCUGCAAGGUUCCUCAGAAUGCAUUUUCAUGACUGUUUUGUUAGGGGUUGUGAUGGUUCGGUCCUAUUGAACUCGACAACUAAUAACUCGGCCGAGAAAGAUGCAAUUCCGAACCUAACCCUUGCUGGUUUCGAUGUCAUUGACGAUAUAAAAGCAGAAGUCGAGAAGAAAUGUCCCAAUGUGGUAUCGUGUGCUGAUGUUCUAGCCUUGGCUGCCAGGGAUGCUGUUUCUUUCAAGUUCCAAAGACCCUUGUGGGAAGUUCUUACUGGUCGAAGAGACGGCAGGGUGUCACGAGUUUCCGAGGCAUUGGCUAAUCUUCCUUCCCCUUUCUCUAACUUCACCACCCUUGUUCGGAAUUUCGCUAACCAAGGCCUCAAUGUACAUGACCUGGUGGUCUUAUCAGGCGGGCAUACGAUCGGAGUAGGCCAUUGCAAUGCCUUCAGCAACAGGCUAUACAACUUUACUGGAAGAGGUGAUCAAGAUCCUUCCUUGAACCCAACCUAUGCAGCUUUCUUGAAGACGCAAUGCCGAAACCUUACUGACAACACGACAUUCGUGCCGAUGGAUCCUGGUAGUGUGUUCGCAUUCGAUAAUAACUAUUACGUCACCGUUAAGCAAAACAAGGGCCUGUUUCAGUCGGAUGCAGCCCUCUUAACAAACAAAGGCUCCCGCAACAUCGUCAACGAACUGGUGGACCCGAAGAAAUUCUUCACAGAGUUUGCACAGUCAAUGAAAAGGAUGGGAGCCAUUAAUGUUCUCACAGGGAAUGAAGGAGAGAUUAGGAAGAAAUGUUUCGUGGCUAACUAAUUCUCGAAAGAAAUUCCUCAUUCAUUUCAUAUUUAAAUUGUUUAUUAAAAUUUGAGCUACUAUUGAUGUUUGAUUUCGAAAUGCUCUGCUUAUGUAUUAAUGUUUGUAAGCUACUCUACAUAAUAAAGUCGUUUUUAUUUUUUGGGUGUUAUAA